CAGUCCACCUAUUAUGCGUCAUUAAAUUCAAUGGGGAGCACUGUUCUAUUCAUUCUAAUUCUAUGGCACGAAAAGCCGGGGGAAAAAAUAUUGCCGAAGACCAAAACGUCACAAAAUGUCGUCAUAAUAUAUGCAUGAACUGUUUCGGAUGGGAAGCGCUGCCAUGAUAAUUUAGCGAAACAGAUGAAAUGUAGAACACGGGCCUGUGAACAUUGUCUUCAUAUGAAUUUGCCUCUUCUGAAUCAGUCGUUCGCAUAGAAAAAUAAUUUUCUAAAAGCUCGAACAGCUCUUGACUCGAGUCUAGCAGGUAAUCCAUAUUCAUCCGCUUUAGAUGCCUCACCAACCUCAGUCAGUCAGCACCGAAGUACCCGGAUGGAACUGUCAUGGCCGCCGUCGCUGACCUGCAAGGCUGAAGAGAAAAGGAAGCUCGCGGAGCACAUCCCCACAUCACCAACCCUGAGGGAGAAGACACAACAUUGAUAAGGCUUCCUUGGAAGGGGUAAAGGACCCUGUAUAUUGAAGCAUGGAAGAGGACCUGAUGACAUUGGAUGAUCCUGCUGAAAGCCAUGACGACAUCAUGGAGGCUGAGGAAGAAAAGGAAUUGGCAAAGGACCACACCGGCCAGAAGUCAGAUCAAUCUCCGGGGUUGCCAUGUAGUGACCAAUGUGACCCUGAUGAAACAUCUGUUGAAGAGUCAGGUUGUCGCAAGACAUCCAGAAAAGCAUCUAAGUCCCCAUGUAAAAUACAGCAAGGUGCAGUCUUCUCUGGAAAAAUACUUAGCUUUGGGUGUUCAGAGUGUAAGGGUGAUGCUACCUACAGCCCCAAUGACCUCCUCAAACAUUUUCAGGGGGCCCACAAGGGGACCCUGCCGACGUAUCCAUGUGACUUGUGUGGCUUUGUCACCAAUGAGUUCCCCGCACUUCAGCGCCAUCGGAUUGGGCACAGGAACACUUUAGUCACAUGCGAGAUCUGUAAUGAUGAUGUACAGUACUCUCUCCUCCUGCUCACUAGACACUAUAUCAUGUCUCACAGCCAAAAUGGCCACUUUCACUGUGAAAAAUGUGAGUUCUCAACAGUUGACGCAGGGACAUUUGUGCAGCACAUCCAUCAUCACAAUGAGAGCCUGCUCAAAUGUGUGAAAUGUCAACAUGUGAGCUCUAGCCGAGGUGAGCACCAGAGGCACCUAAAACUCCACUCGGGUACCUUCCCCUUCACAUGUCAGGUCUGUGGAUAUGGGGCAGCACGGAGAGAAUACCUCACAAAGCACAUGGUAACUGUCCAUGGUGAGGAUGCUGACAAGAAAAAUAUAUGGAGAGCAACGGAGGACAGCAACAAUACCCUGGCAAACUCUUCUUCAGGAUUAAAACUCCUGCUGAAGAAAAGCCCUGCUGCAGGUGGUCAAUCAAAGGAAUCCCAGUGGAUGUCCAAACUGAAUUCUCUUCCUGGAGUAGGUUUACUUGACCAAAAUGGAAGGUUGUUGAACCCUGAGAAAACAUUGGAGGAAACCCAGCAGUUCCUUGAAAGGGCUGUGGGCGUGAAAAAGGACUGUAAGAAGCGGGUCAAAGGCACUCUUAAGAAUGAGCAACAAUUUGACUCCCAGGCUGUAUCAUCUAUACCACCACCUAAGUCCCAGGAAAGUGAUGACAGUUACGGGGCUGACGCCCUAAACCCCAACAACUCCAAUGGAUUAACUGUUCUCAUGGUAAAAAAUAAAAUCUCUAUUCCACCUAACUGUACUACAAAAGUAAUGGGGUUCAAGAUGGUCGACGGCAAAAAGCAUUUAGUUCUCAAAGUUAUACCAACAGCAAAGCCUGAGUCUUCUGCAGAAAAUAAAAUGUUAUGUAGAGCGCAAGAGAUAGGCUGCCCAAUGAUAGACGCUACCUCCGAUGGAAAUAAAUGCUCAGAUUUGGCUGAAAAUUGGGAAAAUUCAAGUACAUUCUUCCCUUACUUGACUGUUCUAAGCCCCUCAGGGACUGAUCGAGAUGCUGCAAUUUCAGUACAAGUGAAGCCAGAGGAAGAGGACAUUAGCAUUGAGGAGACGUUUCCCAUACUAGAGAAACUAGCACAGACAAUAGCACCGAAAGCAAAACACACAGAGCAGCAGAGGAGUGAUGAACAACAUAAGUUUAAGGAUGAACAGAUUAUUUCCUUGGCAGUUUCGCCAAUGACCAAAGAGUCAGUUCACUCCACGAUUCAGAACGGUAAACUAAAUAACAAUACAUCAUCAAUUGCUAAUCAGCUGAAUGAUUCUGAGUUGGGAGACAAAAUGUCUGCUUAUUCAAGCCCUAAUGUGACUGCUAUGGAGGUCGUUCCAGACAAAAUGCUCACAGAUAAGACCAUGCCCUCUGAAUCAGUUUAUGAGACCAUGCUUCCCAAACCAGUCUCUGAAGAAACUAUCAGCAUGCUUGGAGUUGGUGACCUGAGUACAGCUACAGAUGAUAAGAUCAGUGACCCCAUCACUGAAAAUUCCCCUGUGUCCAAUGGAGAGACGCUACCCUCCAAUGACAAACCUAAGGAGACUCCCUCAGAACCCAUGACUGGUGACGUCCUACCUUCUGAUUAUACUGUUGAAAAUAAUCCUUCAAUUAUCAAGGAGAUGGAUCCUUCUGCUUCUACUACCGAUAAGAUUAAUUCCUGUGUAGCUACUAAGACUAAAACUGCAACUUUAUCCCCAGAUCUGACGCCCCAACUGGAGUCACACCCAUCUGAAUCUGACAACUCCAAAGAGACUGAUACUAAUGCUGAAAAUCUGAAUACUCCCAACCAGGAGGUGUUCAGUUUUCAUAAUUACUCAAAGGAAACAUCAAGCAUUUCCUCCAACUCAACACAACCUUGUGAACAUCCGUCAGAGCUUUCGACAGCGGAUGAAAGUGUUUGGAUGAAAGAGUCACCUGAAUGGAGCUUGACAUUGGCUGCAUCCCCACAACUUCCAGAUGAGGGAUCUGGAAAUGGGGAAGUGGAGACUGCAAAAGAGACUGAGACUGCAAUGGAAAGAGUGUCAGACAGUGACAUUGAGGUCGAUGAGUGCAUAGCUACUGUAGAGGAUCUGGCCACCCCAGUGGCAACUGAGGAAGAUAAUCAUGGACACUCUGGGUCUACACACCAAGUCCAAACUACAGUAAAAAUGGAGGAGGAGAGUGUUCCUGUGUCAGAAAGGGCAACAGGGAGCAUAAGUAGUUUGGCCGUCUUGGGUCGCAUACUGGAGGAGCAUUCAGAUGCUAUCAUUAGCCACCAGCUUGAGAAAGAUAGAAUAGGCUGCUCAGCUGCUAGCCAAGAUUCUGUCACGCCACCUAAGACAAUGCUAAGGAUCCUUAAAACAGCAGAGGGAAAGCAACAGAUGUUCUUACAGACUGCAGAGAACCGGUUUGCUGUACCUGUGCAGCUCCAAGGCAACCCAGGGUUCAAGCUGAUAACCAAAUCCUCUGCUCCUCAGAUCAAUGUGUCCUAUGUUAAGCCAGGAAUUGAAAGACAGAAUCACACCACAGGGCUGGCACUCACCCUCAAUGGUGGAAGGUUCAGCAUUCCAGGACAGACUGUAGGUGCUAGUGAAAAAGGUGCAACGCUGUUAUCUGCCAUUCAGCCUGGAGCCAGUACCAGUGCAAGCCACUACCUAGUCAACAGCACAGCUUUUAAAGGUAAUCUGCUGUUGUCAGACGCAGCUCAUAGUUCUCCUGGAGAAAAGACCAUGAAGUCACUGCAGACUUGUUACUUAGUCCAGAGGCCAGUCCCUGUAGCCCAGCCCCCCCACAAUGCUGGUAGUAAAUUAGCAAGCUCAGUGUCUCAGAAUCCACACACGUCCCGUCCAGUUCUGGCAAUGUCUGCGAACUCCGUGAACAAAUUAACUGCGUUGCACACUGGGCGCCAAGCCUUCCUGGUUAGGUAUAUCGCUCCAGCUAAGUCAGGGAUGCUUCUGAGUAGUCCUGAUGGGAAGUCUGUGAACCAGAAAGGUCAACCUAAUGAAAGUAGAGGAAAUAAAGUUGUUUAUAAGAUAGUCAGAACUGCCAAUGGUAGCACGUUUCUUGCUGGUGGUGCACACUCCUCAGCCAACAAGCCCAUUUAUCUGGCCACAAAUUCCACACAGAUGCCCUGUUUUCUGAUGUCAUCAAAUAAUGUCUCUACUGGAGGGCAAAAACUGAUACCCAUACAAAAUGCCUCCCACAAACCUGUCACAGCCUCCAAGCUCUCAAAUAUUCUGUCCCCCCAAUCCAACAUGCAAGGUAGGGUCAGGCAGCAAGUCGGCAUAGAUGGUCUGAAUAAAUCGCCCCUUGCCCCAAGGCCAAGUCGCCAGCUAAGUCAAAGGAAGAGGCGCAGGAAAGCAUUGUUUGAUGAACUCCCAGAGCACUUGCCUAAAGUGAAGAGGCUCUCGAACAAGGCGGUGACUGAGAAAGGGGCUACCUCGCUCUGGGUGCCUGUACCCAAAGAUGCAGAGAGGACACUGAGACUGUACCCAUUCAGUUCACUACAGGAGAUAAAAUGCCCUCGACGAAAUCAGCCGGUAGUGGUUCUCAACCAUCCCGAUGCCGACAUUCCUGAAGUGGCCAGUAUCAUGAGGUCCGCUAACAAGUACAAAGGUGCUGUUUCCAAGGUGGCACUGUCCCAAAAAACGGUUCAAGCUCUCUCUGAACUCAGCCCUGCUGGACUUCUGGGGAAAAGCUCCAAGGUGAAAUGUCCCUCGUCACAAAGCAGUGGGUCAAGACUUCGGCCUUCAGAAAGCAGAGUCCGAGAGCGAUUUCUGUUAAAACUGAAGUUUAGAAAGACUAGCAGGAAAAAGUAUGAGGUAGUGAAGUCCUUAUCUAGAAGUGCAGAGAGGUCAUCAAUGAUGUUCGCCUGUUGGUUUUGUGGUCGACUCUUCAACAACCAAGAGGAGUGGAUAGGCCACGGCCAGCGGCAUCUCAUGGAGGCGACCAGAGACUGGAAUAAGCCGUUUUAAAGCUGUCACAUAGCCCCUGGAUGGGCCAAAAUACCAUCCUAUAGAGUGGCACAAAUGGAGAGGUUAAGUUGUAUAUUUUUCAAAUGACUUAUCAGUAUACUUUAUUCUUACAGCAGUUUCUAUUCCCAUAAAUGCCCUAAUAGCUAUGAUUGAAUCACAGUUUUUGAGGCUGUUAAUGUGUGGUACAAGCUGAAACCUUUUGGUAUGUAUAGAUAUUCUAAUACGAUUAUAUAAGUAUGACUUAAACUCCGUAUGUACAGAUGGAAUUGAACUGUGAAAACUUGGCACACUGUAAUGGAUUAUAUUGGAGGGAGCACUGUUGAUAGAUUUUUUUUUUCUAUUCAGAAAUGUACCAAAUUCCUCAGGUGAUUUCAUAUUCUCUGAUUCAACUAAUCUGCUUUGUAACAUAAGUAAUUCUUUGACAUUCAUCAUCUAUUCAUAGGUUUGAGAGAACAUUGUGAGGUAAUUUGUAUUUUGAUUCCCUUUAUUAAUUCCCUUUAAUUCUUCCAUUCAUGAGGUCAGGAAACUUCAUUUGUAUACCAUAAAUCCAAGCAUUUGGUUAUUCAUGUUCUAUUCCCAUAUAUACAUUUUUUUAAUGUUCAGAAAUAAUUCUAUAGAAACUGUUUUACGGGUAUACAAGUGGGUCCUUCUUGUGGAAAUGUUUUUUUUUUUUUUUUGCAGUUACAUACAGUAUUUCCUACAUGCAUCCCGGUUUGGCUCACUAUUUUACCUGUUUUUAUUUCUGGGGUGACAGAUGUUUUAGCUUUUUUUUACGGCAACACAACCCUAUUUAUGUCUAUCUUAAGUUAGUGCUUGAUUUUAGCAUUAGUCAUAACAUAGUUAUGUUGGUUUUAGCUCUCGUAACUGUUUGUCAUUGUUGGUUUGUUUCCACAUUUGUGUUCAGUAUGCAAAAAUAACUGGUUGAAAGAGAUGGGGCAAAAGGAGUGGCUAAUCAGUCUGGCUGCACAUCUGACUCACUGACUUACUGCAAA